UUCUUAAUUUAGCAAAAAAGCAUGGCGGAAAGCAGAGAAUUGUUUGGCAGUGACGAGAGUGGAAAUGAAAGUGAUGGAAGUGGUCAUGGAUCAGUGCCAGGAACCCCAGGUGGAAGUAGUCCAGCACAUUCAGGGAGUCCACCUGGGAGUCCAGCCCAACACAGUGGAUCAGAACAUAGCAAUACACCAGUAGGCAGUCCUGUAGGAAGUCACAGAUCUGGAUCAGGGAGUCACAGAUCCAACAGGAGUGGCUCUGGAAGUCCAGGGUCCCAUAGGAGUGGCUCUGGAAGUCCAGGGUCUCAUAGGAGUGGCUCUGGGAGUCCAAGAUCACAUAGGAGUGGCUCUGGGAGUCCACGAUCACACAAGAGUGGUUCUGGAAGUCCACAUUCUCAUAGGAGUGGCUCUAAAAGUCCAGGAUCACAGAGGAGUGGCUCUAGAAGUCCAGGGUCCCAUAGGAGUGGUUCUGGGAGUCCACAUUCACACAGGAGUGGCUCUGGGAGCCCACAUUCCCAUAGGAGUGGGUCUGGCAGUCCUAAAUCUGGAAGCCCUAUGUCAGUAAAAAGUAGAUCAAGGAGUCCUGGUCCAAGGUCAAGGUCAGGCAGUCCAAGAUCUAAAUCUGGUAGUCCUAAAUCAAGAUCUGCAAGUCCAAGAUCACGGUCAGGUAGUCCAAAGUCAAGAUCAGCGAGUCCAAGGUCCAAAUCAGGAAGAUCCAGAUCUGGAAGUGCAAGGUCGAGGUCUGGAAGUCCAAGAUCCAGGUCUGGCAGUCCAAGGUCUAGAUCAAGAAGUCCCAGAUCAAAGUCUGGAAGUCCAAGGUCGAAGGCAGGCAGUCCUAGGUCAAGGUCAAGAUCUCGAUCAGGUUCAAGAAAAAGUGGAUCAGGAAGUGAUUCAGAUAUUGGUAGACGUAAGAAGAGGAGGAUUAUGGGUAGUGACGAGGAAGGCCAGGAUGGGAGAGUAGAUGCUACUGUUGAUAAUCUCUUUGGAGAUGCAGAUGACAUCAGUUCAGACGAAGAAGACAAAGAAAAGCGGCCCGAGUCAGGUGACAGAGAUGAUAAUUCUCCGAGAAGGAGAGGUUCUGAUGAGGAGGAAGAGGUCGAAGAGCCACAAGAAACACUUAUAGAAGUAGAGAUCCCUCGUAUCAUUACAAAUCUUGGCAAAACUAUACAUUAUGUUAAACUUCCUAAUUUCCUCAGUGUAGAAACCAGGCCUUAUGAUGCUACAACAUAUGAAGAUGAGAUUGAUGAAGAUGAAGUUUUGGAUGAAGAAGGUCGAGCAAGGUUAAAGUUGAAGGUAGAGAAUGCUAUUCGAUGGCGAAAAGUGAAAGAUGUAGACGGCACUGAUGUAUUGGAUGAGUUAGGUGCACCACAGAAAGAAAGUAAUGCCAGGAUUGUACGAUGGUCAGACGGCAGUAUGUCAUUACAUUUGGGCACGGAGAUAUUUGACGUCCAUACUAUGCCUAUUCAAGGAGAUUUUAAUCACUUGUUUGUACGUCAAGGUACUGGUUUACAAGGUCAAAGUGUAUUCAGGACAAAAGUGGCCUUCAGACCACAUUCUACAGAAUCGUUCACUCACAGAAAAAUGACCUUGUCAUUAGCAGACAGAUCAACGAAAGCACAAAAGGUCAAAGUAUUACCCAUCCACGGCAAAGAUCCUGAUGCUAACAGAUCAGAAAUGAUAAAGAAAGAGGAAGAAAAGUUGAGAGCAGCCAUUAGAAUGGAAGGAACAAGGAAAAGACAAAAAGAAAGACAUGUUGCCAAGGGUCUCUCUGGUGGUUACCUAGAAAGUGGGGAUGAAGAGGAAGAAGGAGAUAUCUCCAUAGCAGCCAUUAAAAAACAUUAUAAAAAUGCUAGAGAUCGGCCAAAUGUUCCAGACAUUUACUCUAGUGAUAGUGAUUCUUAUGAUUCUGACAAGGAACGAUCUGGAGCACAGCGGUUGAUGAAGGCUAAGAAAGGUCCAGUAGAGGAUGAUUCGGAUUCAGAUACAGGACAUAAAAAGAAGAAAGCCAGAAUUGUAGAAUCUGAUGAAGAAAGUGAAGCCGGAAGUGGAGGGGGUGGCAAGCAGAGUGGUAGUGAGUCAGAGAAAAAUAAAUCUGGGUCAGAAUCGGACUAGACAUGAAUUGUUUAGUGAUGUUUGUAUGAUUGAGAUAUAGAAAUGUGGUUUUUGAGUGAUGUAUGAAAGUUUGAAUGUUGUAUGAUGCUCAUAUCAAUUUAUCAUUAUGUAUAUUUAUCAUGGACGUAAAUUUUUUCAUGGAUUCAAAUGUUACUUUUUAUAACACCAAUUCUGAUUGGUCAAUGUAAUAAUUUAUUUUGAUUGAUGUCAACUGCACACUCUUUGGGAUUUUGAUGUAAUUUCCAGUUGGAAAAUAGCAUUCCGGAGUCGGUUUCAUAAAAAUACUUAUGACUAAGAUUGAUAGUAUUAGUCAGGAACAAUUCAGUACACUUACGAUCAAUAUCAGUUAUAAGUUUUUUUGUUAAAGCACCAAGAAAAAGGAAAGCAAAAUUUGUAAGAAUAUUUUAAAAUGUUCAAUCAUCAAUCUAGUAGUGUAUAAUUCCUAUUUCAAUGUUGGUAAGUUAUUAAGGUUAAAAUUCUUGCAUACAUGUAUAAUGUAUAAUAUGUAUAAUUCCAUGCAUUGAGUGUAACUGAUUUGUUGACUUAAAAUAUAGAUUUGAUACCAGCAGUUAUAGGAGAUAACUUUUCAAAUCAUUUGUGUGUUUGUUAUAGGCAGUUUCAUCAAUACUUUAUAAGCAUUUAGGUAAAGCAGACUUAAAAUAAUCUCUUUGAAUCAGUGAUGUGUGUGUUAUAGGCAGUUUCAUCAAUGCUUUAUAAGCAUUUAGGUAAAGCAGACUUAAAAUAAUCUCUUUGAAUCAGUGAUGUGUGUGUUAUAGGCAGUUUCAUCAAUGCUAUUUAAGCAUUAAGGUGAAACAGACUUAAAACAUUCUCUUUCAACCAUUGUUGUGCUUGUUAGAUAGUCAUGAAUGCCAUGUGGAACUUACAAUAAACUGUGUUAGGAGAGAGAAGUAUGAGAACAUGGGAUGUGAUUUGACAGGGAUGAAACUAUGUGCAAUUUGUAAAUAUAAACAUAAAAAUAAAAAACAAGUAAAUGAA